AUGGGAGGCUCGCUAUCGUGCCGCCGUCCUCUAAACGCAGCGUCUCAACCCUACCCUACGUUGCAGAUACACGUCUUUGGGUUGGCAGGCGCUGGAAAGCAUGCAAUCGUGAGAUUCCUUAAGUACGGCGUGCCUGUCUUGGAUGCGAAGAGAGAUGAUGUCGAAGUAGACAUGCAAUGGAUUACGCACCGCAAAGUCAGGAUGCUACUGUGGGUAUCGGAGCAAACUGCACAGAAGGAAAUCGCCAAUGCAACCGAUGUCGCCAGAGCGCUCAUAUGCGUCGUCGACGGAUCGGACCCAGAAAAGCUGACCGCUGCUCGCGACUAUCUCUUCACACAGCUGCAAGAAACCACGGGCACGCCUAACUUGCUGAUUCUGCUAAACAAGUGCGACAAGCACUCCUUCGUAUUCCUGGAGGAGGCGCACGAUGCAUUGAACCUCGACCAGAUCAGAGACCGCCAUGUGCGCAUCUACGCGUGCUCAGCUGGCACCGGCGAGGGAAUACGCGAGGCACUUGAUUGGCUGUGCAGCAAGUUCUACCUCCAGAACGGGGUAUACGUCAGCCGCAAAGGUGAGUCGAACACACGAGAAUCACACAUCUUUGCAGAAACCAUGUAA